AACUCAAUGCAAAAAAUCGGCCGAGAGACAGCUGGUAUCUCAAAAAACUCGUUAGUCGGGACACUCGUAAGUCAAGGCCCCACUGUAGUCUUGUAUGAGGAACAUCUGCAUAGAAUUGAGCUCACAUGAGAGAAAGACCUGAGAAGAUCUGUAUGAGGCACAGCCACAUUGAAGCACCUGCGGGGGGAGGGGGGCAGCAGGACAGAGGUGUAUGUGUAAUGAGGCCCACCUGUCAGGAUGUAGCUGAGGAAACACCUGUUUGGGGUGUCUCCGUGGGAAACAUGUGUAACCCCCAUGAUGAAGGGCACCUGCAAGGACCUACCUUUACAUAAAAGCGUCUAUAAGAGGCUUGUUGGUCUGAGACGCACCUGUUGGGGCAGAAGCUGAGUGGAAACCAGUCCUUAUGGCUGCAUCUUUGGAUAAAGAACGACGUUAAUAAGACGACCUCCUCUUGGGGACUGUAGGGUGAAGAGGGAUGGUCAGGGGCAAGUUAAUCCCUUUUAGGGUAUAUAGAGUGAUGGGUAAGGAUCCCAGGUCUGGAUAAAUUCCUGCUGUGCCCUUACUGGGCACUGGACUGGGGAGAGCGCCGUAGUCUCCUGUUUCCUCACCCGGGAGGGGGAAAGCCAGUCCCACCUGCCUCAUAGGGCUUGGCGGGGCGACCCGAGAGGUGAGUAAAAGGCCUGGCAUGAGCAGCGCUGUGUCGGUGUGAGCUGUUAUGAUUAUCCGCUGUCUAGUGAUCUGGGCGCCCCUCCCCCUAAUGAUAAAUAGCGAAACUGCGCCCGAAACCAGUGGGAGGGACGUUCGGCAGCUGCCGUGGGCACGACUGGCUGGGGCCCCGCCUACUGUGCUCCGCCACCCGGUGCAGGUCCCCAGCCGCGCCUGGGACACUGAGACCCCCUCCCCCCGCACCCCCACCCGAGGCUGGUCAGGAGAGCGCACUCGGCCCGGCGUCGGGGUGGGGCCGCGGCCCCGAAAGACUGCGGGGCGAGCCCGGGGAGGCGGAGCCCGAGGCUGCCCGGGGUGGGUGGGCAAGGCGGGCCCGGCGGGCAAGGCUCCCGCGGUUUGGCGAAUAGGAAAUGGACUUUGCAGCUGCGCCGCGCGUUGGUCUUCCGUUUCCCGGUCUGAGUGGGGCAGAGAAAGAAGGCGAGCGGGUGGCAUGAAGGGGCGAGAGGCAGCGCCGCGCCGAGCUCUCGGGUCUCUGUGACCGAGGGGGGACGUGCAGUGAGCGGCGAGCAGAGCGGCGAGCAGACGGAGGGCCUGAUGGCGUUGGGUUGGUUCUUGAGCGUGGCUGGCGAAAACGAGACCUUGGUAGGAGAGGGAGGUCAGUGGGAAGAGGUGACGGAGCCCAACCCCUGAUGUCUCCCUACCGUGCCACCUUGGGCAGAAGGUAAACUGAGGCACGCAGAGGCGGCACACUGGAAACAGAACUGAGAUCGCGGAUCUACCUGGCCCUUCUUCCCUCUUCCCGGAAUGAGCCCCGAGGCUGUGCCCUAGGCUGUGCCAUUCCCGAGCAUCCCCGACAACCCGCCCCACGCCCCCAGCUCCGCCCCGGCUCCUCCCCCAGAGGGUCGGGCAGGCGACGCAGGUUCUGACGCGGCCGGCGACGGCUAGCAGUCACUGCCUCCUGCCAGUGCCCGAGCCCGGCCGGCCGCGCGGAGGCUGCGGUAGCGGUGGCCGCGGAGCUGGCCCUGUGGGGCCCCGGGGGGGAGGGGGUGCCGCGAAGCCCCGGCUGAGGCCGCCGCUGCCGGGCCUCCCUCCCCCCCGGAGGGCGCCAUGCGGGGGGGCCCGGGCGAAGCGGAGCGGCGGCAGCGCUGGGGUCGCCUCUUCGAGGAGCUGGACCGUAACAAGGACGGCCGCGUGGACGUGCAGGAGUUGCGCCAGGGGCUGGCCCGGCUGAGCGGGGGCGACCCGGACCGCGCCGCCCAACAGGGCCUCUCCCCAGAGGGUGGUGCUGACCCAGAUGGCGGGCUGGACCUUGAAGAGUUUACCCAAUACCUGCAGGAGCGGGAACAGCGCCUGCUGCUUCUUUUCCACAGUCUGGAUCGGAAUCAGGAUGGUCACAUCGAUGUCUCUGAGAUCCAGCAGAGUUUCCGAGCUCUGGGCAUUUCUAUCUCUCUGGAGCAGGCACAGAAAAUUCUACACAGCAUGGACCGUGACGGCACUAUGACUAUCGACUGGCAGGAAUGGCGUGACCACUUCCUGUUGCAUUCAUUGGAGAAUAUGGAAGACGUGCUCUACUUCUGGAAGCAUUCUACGGUCCUGGACAUUGGCGAGUGCCUGACUAUCCCUGAUGAGUUUUCAAAGCAGGAAAAGCUGACCGGCAUGUGGUGGAAGCAGCUGGUGGCCGGUGCAGUGGCCGGCGCCGUGUCACGGACAGGCACAGCCCCUCUGGACCGCCUCAAGGUCUUCAUGCAGGUUCAUUCCUCCAAGACCAACCAGCUGAACAUCCUUGGGGGCCUACGGAACAUGAUCCAAGAGGGGGGCGUGCACUCUCUAUGGCGUGGCAACGGCAUCAAUGUGCUCAAGAUUGCACCUGAGUCAGCUAUCAAGUUCAUGGCCUAUGAGCAGUUCAAGCGGGCCAUUCGGGGACAGCAAGAGACACUGCAUGUGCAGGAGCGCUUUGUGGCUGGAUCCUUGGCUGGUGCUACAGCCCAAACCAUCAUUUACCCCAUGGAGGUACUAAAGACACGGUUGACCCUUCGCCGGACGGGCCAGUACAAGGGGCUGUUGGACUGUGCAUGGCGGAUCAUGGAGCGAGAAGGGCCCCGUGCCUUCUACCAUGGCUACCUGCCCAACGUGCUGGGCAUCAUUCCCUACGCGGGCAUCGAUCUGGCCGUCUAUGAGACCCUGAAGAACCGGUGGCUCCAGCAAUAUAGCCAUGACUCGGCUGACCCAGGCAUCCUCGUGCUCCUGGCCUGUGGCACUAUCUCCAGCACUUGUGGCCAGAUAGCCAGUUACCCUCUGGCCCUGGUCCGGACCCGUAUGCAGGCCCAAGCCUCCAUCGAGGGCGCCCCCCAGCUCUCCAUGCUGGGUCUGUUCCGUCACAUCCUGUCCCAGGAGGGCAUACCAGGCCUCUACAGGGGCAUCGCCCCCAACUUCAUGAAGGUUAUCCCAGCUGUGAGCAUCUCCUAUGUGGUCUACGAGAACAUGAAGCAGGCUCUGGGGGUCACAUCCAGGUGAGGGACCCGGCCUCACUAAGAUUCCUCGCCUCAAUCAUGACGACCCCUACACCUCAGAGACUGAUGGCCCAGCCAGUGGAUCCCACUCAAACCACAGGAUCCCUAUACUUCAUCCACUGGGUCCUGCAUCCCACAUCCCACCUACUGGGUUCCAUAUUUCCCUGACUCCCUUCCCCUCACCCCCGCCCCACACACACUGGGUCCUAGACCUCCAUGUCUUAACCACUGGAUCCCCCACAACUCAUCUAAUGAAUCUUGAAACCCUAACCACAGGAGCACAUAUCCCUAUAUCUAAGCACCCAGACCCCAGCUCCCUCAGGCACCAGAUUCAGUGUCUUCCUACAGCACUAGAUCCCAGAUCCCCAGCCCCACUGGCAGAUCCCAGACCUCCACGCUCCAAUCCCUGGAUUCCCAAGCUUGGCCACUGGAUCCUGAAUAUUAAGAAACCUCAGCCACCAGCUCCUGGCCAUGUGAUGCCCAGAUCCUAGGGCCCCCACUACUGGAUCCUAGAUCCCCUCAUCCCAGCCAGUGGAUUCCUGAGUUCCUUUACCUCACUGGGUCCCAGAUCCCUCUGCUUUGACUGCCAGAUCCCUACAUUUAAACCACUACGUCCUCAGCCCCCAGCCCACCAGAUUCCAGAUCCACAAGCUCUGAGACACCGGCUCCUGGCUCCUAAAAACACAGUCACGAGAGCCCAGAGGCAGAGCCACUGGGUCCUGGUAACUGUAGCUGUUGGCUCUCUAAUCCCUUCACGCAGGCCCUGGAUACUGAAAUUCCACCCACAGGAAACAGACCCUGACACUCCCAGGCACUGGAUCCCACCUCCUUAGCCCCUGGAUUCUGACCUGAAUCCUCCCAGACACUGGCUCAGAUCCCACAUCUAGAUCCCGGUAGGCUAAUCACAGCAAAAUGGCUCCAUAUGGCCCCUCACCCAGACACACAUGAGAGCCCAGAGACCUUCUCCACCACAACAUGGACCUGGGAGCCUGGAGGAGCCCCACAUCCUGGCCUCCUGGCUCCAGAAAACCCAUGGGACUUGUUCAAUGUCCUGAUAUGGCUCAAUGCCCCUCUCACGCCUUGCACAGACACUGGAUCCCCUCACUUCCCCAGCAUGGCCAUAUCUCUGGGCCCUAUGAGGACAAUGCUCCCUCCAACGCUCCCCCCAACCCUCUGCAGUGUCUUCCACUCCCCACCUUAUGAGCCGAUAACUCCCAGAGCCUGGGUCCUUUGGAGGGUCCCGCUGCUCUUUCUUGGGGGCUGGCAGUGAGGCAAUCUGAGGUGGGGGACACAUUAAGGGGACCUCCCCCCAGCCUCAGCACUACCAGCCUCUCCUUGGGCUUCAGAGGUGAAAGCCAAGAGCAGGUUUGUCUACACAGACCAUCCUUCGGAUCAUGCAAAAUGAACCAAACCCCCAGAACUCAUUCCAGGUCUACUUUCCUAUGGAGAGGAGCAGACAUUCCCUCACCCCACCCCCAGCCCCCAACUAACCCAAGCCCCAACACCCCCAUAUACAUUCUGCACUUUAUGGUUGGAUUCUUAAUUGGGGGUCCCCUUCCUCCACUCCUCCCAAGUCCUUGGAGAACCCCAUUAAAGGACUACAGAAGAGGAACCACUGUUUGUGACGGGUAAAGGACCUCCCCAAGACUUCCACCUCUCCCCACCUAUGCCAUGCCCCACAUCCCUGCCUGUAUGUGUUAUUUCAAAGCAAAAGAACAAAAGGAAUACAUUUCUAAGCUCUU